AUGAAUUUUCUUGUUAAUCGUCUUGAACGUAAUCUUGGUAUGGAUUUAAAUGGUGAUGGAUAUAUUGGAGGGCAAGGCUUUCUAAGUCGAAUGGAAAGAGCAACUCAUAUUGACUUUAAUGGUGAUGGUAUCAUUGGUCGUUUUCCUGAUGUUCUGUAUGGUUAUCCAAGAAUGCAUGGUCAUCCUGGAAUGUAUGGUUACGGUUUUCCUGGUGCAUAUGGUCAUUAUGGUUAUGGAUGGUAUUGA